AUGGAUAUUCCGCACGGAGUCACGAAUAUUCCGCACGGGUGGGCGGAAAUUCCGGGCACCCAGUCGGUGUGUAACGUAUAUGAAAAUUCCUCCACGAGCGAAGAAUGUUUUUACGAAUGUCCGGUGGAUAGUACGCGGUCGCUAUGCGACCUUGAUUUUCAUGACCAUGUGAAAUGUCAUGAUUCAGUAAGCUCGUCACGUGAGGAAGACUUUGUACGAUCUUGGGAUGCGCCCUUGGAGGGAUCACCGACUGGAUUAUGUGACCGUUCAGUCAGUAUGAGCGCAGAUGACACAGAAUUGUACUUGAAUCCAUGUAUACUGUAUAACCAAGACUGCCUACAAGAAUUCAGAAGGAAUGCACCAGCCACACCUGCAUAUCCCUGGAAUAUGAACAACGAAGACAGGACACCCUGUGCGCAAAGACGACCUUUAUUUGACCUUCGGACUCUGCACGGUCUAUCUGACCCUCCGUAUGUGCUAACGGGAGACCUGCGCCACUUCGCAUGCAUGUACGAGCCGUGCUGCCAUGAAGCGACACGGCAUCGCAACAUUUGCACGGGCCACGUUGAUAAAUCGUCCCGUUUUGGCUCGGAUCUGCUACGACUAUUACACUGCCCGCCUGAUGAACUGCAUAGUCAUGGCACGAGUGAUUUUGACUCUCAGUGCGUUACCGAUAAACAUAAUCUUCCAAUGAUACAAAAUUGGCCUUAA